GAUGGAAAGAAAAUCCGGUGGAAUUUGAUUCUAUUUUCAACGAAAGUAAAUAUACUUGGAGCUGGGGAAGUCCAGAUAUUCUACCUAUGUUUGCUAAAGGGGCUACUGGUGAUCACGUUUACACCAAUUGCUAUAAAGCUGAAAGAGAGGACUUUGCAGCUGAAGAUGCCACUAUACUGGACACUUGGGUUUUUGACCAGGUUAAGGAUUUCUUCAACUUGGCUAAAAACAAUGAAACAUUGUUUUCUAAACUUCAUGAACAAAAAAUCAUUUUCUUCCUGCACUUAUUAGGAUUAGAUACAAAUGGUCAUGCUCAUCGGCCUCAUUCAAGGGAGUAUAAGAACAAUAUCAGGAAAGUUGAUGAAGGUGUACAAGAAAUUGUUUCGUUGGUUGAGGACUUCUAUGGAAAUGAUGGCAGCACAGCCUUUAUCUUAACAUCUGACCACGGAAUGACAGACUGGGGGACUCAUGGAGCAAGUCAUCCAUCAGAAACAUUAACACCUCUAAUUGCUUGGGGAGCAGGAAUCAAAUAUCCUCAGGCAGUUACCUCACAGCAAUAUGAGGUGUUUUACCUCUUGAAUACUUGAAUAAUACUGCUCAUUUUAAGGCAGAGAGCAUGCUUACCAACGCUGUCCAGAUUCUUGAACAAUUUAAGGUUAAGAUGGUUCAGAAGAAGAAAACUACAUUAUCAUUCUUGUUUUCGCCAUUCAAAUAUCCCUAUGUAGAAAGCUGAUUAAUCUUGCUUUAGAUGGGCUCUCUUAUUACCAUACAUAUGAUAGAUUUUUCCUUGGCAUGAGUAUCACCAUGGGUUUUGUAGGCUGGACAUUUUAUGUGAUUCUGAUUAUAAUAAAGUCAGAUACAAGCAUGACCAGGGAUAUGUCAAAAAACAAGGUGCCUGACAGGUUUUUCCAAUAUGUGUUUGCAGCUAUUGGAGUUUUGAUAGCCUUUUUUCUCUUCAUUCAAAGCUUGCCUUGGACCUACUACAUAUAUUGCCUACUACCAGUCCCUGUGUGGUAUGCAGUUUUAAAAGAAUACCCUGUUAUCCAUGUAUUGGUCACAUUUCUCUUGAAUGUUCAGCGGACUCAGUUUUCUGGAUUCUUAAUAAUGUAUGCUGUAGGAAUUGAAAUAUUAGUUUUCUCCUUCUUCUAUCGCUCCACUCUUACCUUUGGCUUGAUUGCGUUUUCCACGUGGCCUGUGGUCAUUCGGCUGUGGAUCCAAGCAAAGGCAACAGUGCUAAGUUGGAUUCUCUCGUGUUUGCUCCUGGCCAUCUUCCCCUUGAUGCCAGUGAUAGGAAGAGAAUCAAAUAUCUCUUUAGUAACAGCAGCUGGCCUGCUAAUUAUAUUGAUAGCUUUGUCCUACUUAGUGACAUUUUUUCGGAGGAGCAAAAAUAAAUAUUUGCAUCAUAAAGAUCUCAAAAUAUAUCUAUUUCAGGUUUGAAGCCCUUUUCCCUCUGGUGUUGGCUUUGCUGAUGUUCGUGUGGUUAGACGUGGAGCAAGAAGCAAUCCAACAGUCUGGAAUUUCAUUUAAACCUCAGCUUGCUGCUCUCAGCUUUUCUUACACUACAGAUACACCCCAGUUUCGACCACUUCAUGUUGAUGACCUGAGGAGGGCUUUUUUCUACGUAUCCUUUGACUUAGGAAAACAGAUAUUCAGCUAG